UCAACGAAUUGCGAUACAUGCGAUAACGUAAAAUUUUCUAAUACGUGAAAACAUGUUGUUUUAAACGUGCACGAAGACACUGGAAGACUGAGUUUGUUUUUUAUAAUGAUAUUUUGAUCAAUGGCUGGUAGAGGAGGCCGGGGAGCACAACUUUUAGAGGCAUUACAAAUACCUGUACGAAAACCGCAAAAUGUCGGACAACCUCCUCCAUCUCAGAGUGGCUUUAAUCAGCAGUUAACUGGUUCUCCCCCAACUUGCAAAUGGGCAGCAGCAGCAUUAUGGACAUCAAGAUGCAUCACAGCAAUCCUAUGGACAGCAAUAUCAGUCAUUAAGAACAGGGAACCCAGGGAUGGGCCCUUCUGGUAUGAGACCACAGCUAUCUGGAAUGAGAUAUCCACAGCCUGGAAUGAGACCUCAACAACCUGGAAUGCGACUGCAACAACCUGGAAUGCAACCUCCAAAACUUGGAAUGAAACCUCAUCAACCUGGAAUGAGAGCUCAACAACCUGGAAUGAGACCUCAACAACUUGGAAUGCGACCUCAACAAACUGAAAUGCAACCUCCACAGCAGGGAAUGAGAUCUCAACAACCUGGGAUGCGAUCUUCACAGCCUGCAGUCAGAUCUCAGCAAUCUGGAAUGGUACGUUCGCAGCAGGGAAUGAGACCUCAGCAACCUGGAGUGGGACCUGCACAAUCUAGAGUCAUACCUCAUCCACAUGAAAUAAGACCUCCACAGUCUGGAAUGAGACCUCAACAACAUGUCUCAGGUCCUCGGCAAUCAGGGGUGAGACCUGGACAGUUUGGCAUGGGACAAAUACAAUAUCAAAGUAGAUUGCAGUCUCAACAGAGAUUACCUCAGCAGCAACAACAACAAUUUCAAAGUCAUGGUCCUACCCAACAGCAAUGUCCAACAAUGCCUUUACAAGGACAGCAAGGUAGACCUGUCUUACAAAGAGGGCAAAUGCAACCUCAAGCAAGAAUGCAACCUCAAGCAAGAAUGCAACCUCAACCAGGUCCUUCUAGAUUUGUCCAGCAAGGACAAUUUGAUCCCAGAGGUGGUCAGUUUAUAGCACAGUUCCAACCAAGAGGUCAACAGUCUCCACCUAUGAUGAGUCAUGAAAUGCAAUCGGGUGGUUCAAGUAUGGGACAGAAUUCUAUGGUUGGUAGUACUCUACCUCAAGCACAACAUCUUGGACAACAAGCACAGUUUCUUGGGCAAGAUUCCUCCCAACAAAAACAGCUGCGACAACAACAAUCUUUUGGAAGAGGACAGUCACUUCAUUUGCUACAGCAAGCCACCAACCCACAACAGUCGCCUUAUCAAUCUUUGUCACAACAACAACAAGAAGCACCUCCUUUUCAAGAACCACAACAGUUUUUUACCGGUCAUAUGCCAUCACAAAAAACUCCACAACCUGAGCAUGGUGUUUCACCUCCCACUCAAGAGUUGCAAAGUAUGUCUAUAAAGGCGCCAAACACCCAAACUGGAGAGAAAGGUUCUGCUGGUCAACCGGUUUCUCUUGCUGUAAAUUAUGUCCCCAUACGAUGUCGUACUGAAGGUGUUUUUCAAUAUUGUGUUUCAUUCAGUCCUGAGGUGGACAGCAGAGGUAUGAGGUUUAGACUUCUCUACGAACAUGCUGAAUUCCUUGGGGAAGCAAGAGGAUUUGAUGGAAUAAUACUCUUUUUACCCUAUCAGUUUCCGCAACAGCCAACAAUAUUGAAAUCUGUUCGACCAACUGAUGGAGCAGAGAUCACAAUUUUUAUUCAAUUGACAAAAUUUGUUCGACUUGAUGACUCUGUCCAAUUUUACAACAUAAUUUUUAAGAAGGUAAUGCGUGCUUUGCAGAUGCAGCAAGUUGGAAGAUACUAUUAUGAUCCCACAAGACCAUCAUUGCUCCCUCAACAUAAAUUAGAGUUAUGGCCUGGCUACAUAACUGCUAUACAACAUUAUGAAGGUGGUCUGAUGCUGCUCGCCGACGUCUCCCAUCGUUUGUUGAGAACUGAUAAUGCCUUUGAGUUUAUGAACGAGAUUUAUGCGUCUCAAAAAAAUAAUUUUCAGGAAGCUGCAACCAAAGCCCUGGUUGGCAGUAUCGUCCUUACAAGGUACAACAAUAACACAUACAGAAUUGAUGAUAUUGAAUGGGAUAAAAAUCCGUUGUCUACUUUCACUUUUCGAAAUGGAGAAGAGAUCAGUUAUGUUGAUUAUUACAAGCGAACAUACAAUAGGGAGAUUGUUAACCAUUUCCAACCUUUGCUUUUGCACCGACCUAAAGUGAGGAAAGACUCGAAUAAGCCUGGAAAGAGACCACCAUUAGAUACUGUGAUGUUGGUUCCUGAACUUUGUUAUCUCACAGGUCUUACCGAUACAAUGAGAAGUGAUUUUAGAGUUAUGAAGGAUAUAGCUGUUCAUACUCGUAUAACACCAAUGCAACGUGAUGAAGCAAUGAGAAAAUUUAUCUCAAAUGUGGAAUCUACACCAGAGGCAAAAAAGUUUCUAUCUAUUUGGGGACUGGAACUAGAUCGUGGACUCCUCAGGACCGAAGGUCGACUGCUUCCAUCAGAAAAAAUCAAAUUUGGUGCAACGUCUAUCGUAUCAAAUCAACAAGCAGAUUGGGGUCGAGAGGCGGUCAAAGAAAACGUAAUAACAGCGGUUGCCCUAAACUCGUGGAUGUGUGUGGUGACAAAGAGGGAUCAAAGUAAAGCCAUGGAAUUCGUGCAGAUGAUGAGAAACGUCACACCGGCUAUGGGUAUUAGGGUAUCAGAUCCAAUUGUCUUAGAAGCGCGUGAUGAUCGAACGGAGACAUAUCUACGGACGAUCCGUGAAAAUUUGAAUCCUAGUGUUCAAAUGGUUGUAGUGAUCUUUCCCACAUCACGUGAUGAUCGUUACGCAGCCGUCAAGAAACUUUGUUGUGUGGAAAGUCCUGUACCAUCACAGGUCAUCAAUGCUCGAACCAUCUCGCAAAAAAACAAGUUGAGAAGUGUGACGCAGAAAAUUGCUCUUCAAAUUAACUGUAAACUAGGCGGUGAACUGUGGGCAUUAGAUAUUCCUUUGAAAAGUUUGAUGGUAGUUGGAAUCGAUAUUUAUCAUGACGCUAGUCAUGGUGGCCGCUCUGUUGGUGGUUUUGUUGCCAGUACCAAUCGUUCAUUGACUCGAUGGUAUUCUCGUGUUUGCUUUCAAAGUCCCGGACAAGAGCUUGUUGAUGGAUUAAAAAUGUGCUUCACCGCUGCAUUGAGGAAGUUCCACGAGAUCAAUCACACACUCCCGGAGAAGAUCAUCGUGUUUCGUGACGGUGUUGGAGAUGGUCAAUUGAACACUGUUGGUAGUUACGAGGUAACACAGAUGUCUGAAUGUUUUGCCUUGUUUGGUGCCACUUACCAACCGCAGUUGGCCGUUGUUGUUGUUCACAAACGCAUCAAUACAAGAAUAUUCUCCGUAGAGUCGCAUGGAUCUCAUCAAAUGCUUGAAAAUCCAAAUCCCGGCACUGUUCUUGAUCACACGAUCACGCGAAAGGACUGGUAUGAUUUCUUCUUGAUCAGUCAACAUGUUCGUCAAGGAACGGUUACACCAACGCAUUACGUUGUUGUUCAUAAUUCCUCGUCAUUGAAACCUGAUCACAUGCAAAGACUUUCGUACAAAUUGUCCCAUCUUUAUUACAAUUGGCCAGGAACGGUUCGAGUACCAGCGCCCUGUCAGUAUGCUCAUAAGAUUGCCUAUCUUGUUGGUACUUCGAUCCACAAGGAUCCUGCAUUAGCCCUCAGUGAUCGUCUCUUCUAUUUGUGAUUGGAUCAUUGUGUGUUGAGGAAGGUGGAUUGUAAAACUUUCGUAAAAUGCUGGGAAUUAGUCGUUUUGGAUUUGGACUUGUCAGUUCUAUUGAGAGGAAGGAGAAAAACGUCUGCUACUGAAAAACUGAAUUGUUGUGAAAUGGAAUGAACGAUUUUUUUAUACUGCGUUAUGUUAUUAAGACUAUUGAUAAAUGCAAUAUUGACACUGCGCUCCAUGUUUGAUUGCUGUCGGAAAACAUGACUGAACACAACAGAUAUUUUUUAACGCUCACUUGUUGGGAUUUUUAUGCCAAGUUUUGUUUCGACGUUUUGCAUUAUCUAUAUGCGUCUAUGUCAUAAUGAACAAAGUCACAAAAGAGCCUGCUCUUUUUUUUCUUUUUUUGAAACAUUAAAAAAUGUAUGUAUUUUAUGCAUCACGCACAACUGUAUGUACGACAUUGUGAAUGAAAAAUUAUUUUUUGCGUUAGACUGUUUA